AUGACUUCCAGUAUUCACCUCAUCGCGCCCCGCCUCGAGAAGACCCUUGGCUGUCUUCUGAAGCGAGCCAGGAGCAUCUCUUCCCUCGAUGAUCGGCCCUUCCACCACGGCCCCGCGUUCGUUGUUCACCCGGACCCGACCAUCACCAUCGUCUCCUCAGACUGUGGCCCUUCUCCCGCCGAACUACACGCCGAGUACCUCCACAACGACCUCUUCAAAGAAUGCGGUCGUAUGCCCUGUUUGUCAUGGGACUGUCCAGCGUCUCUCAAGGACGAGGUCCGCGAGUGGCUGCUCAUUAUCGAGGACCUGGAUGCCCCGUGGUGCAGGCCUAUUGUUCACGGCUUAUAUGCCGGUAUACCGGCCGUAAAGCUGAGCCUUGAACCAGAGGACUUUGUUGUCAUCGAUGACGAAAAGUGCACACUCGACGGCGGCUUUCAUUUUGGUCGCAACAGCGAAAGAAAAGUGUACACGGCGCCGAAACCCAUGUUGAAUCAUGGACUGCAUCGGUUCGAGGGCUACGAGGAAGGAAUACAGCAAAGCCAUUCAAGGUUUGGUGCUUGGUUGGGGCGUGUGGAUAGCGAGCUGCGAGAGGCGCUGGGAGUAGACCUGAUGGUCCUGAUGACGCUGGUGAUACCCGUGAUAUGA